CCUCCCUCGGCGAGCGCGGGGCGGCCGUACGGCGCCGGGGCACCCGGGGCGGGCAGAUCUCUUGUCUGGACAUUGGAAAUAACUUUGGAUGGUUCUGGGCUUCUUUCUGUUGACCCAGGAGAGUUAAUAUAGAGGCCAGAUUGAAAAUAUGCCUUCGUGAAAAAGUCUCUACAAAACUGAUCCCAUCUUGGCUUUAAGAUAAAAAGAUGGCUUAUCACAAAGUGAAUGCAGACCAGAGAGCUCAGGGGCACUCUCCGUACCUUGAUAACGAUGAGCUUCAAGCCACAGCGCUGGAACUGGAAUGGGACAUGGAAAAAGAGCUGGAGGAGCCUGGCUUUGACCAUUUCCGACUGGAUGGUGCGAUCCAGCAUCACCUGGGAAACUCCCAGAGCCCUGACCUUGAUCUCGAGCCCAUCCAGCCUUCAUCUUCUCCAAAGGGAAGAUUCCAGCGCCUUCAGGAAGACCCUGACUAUGUCUCACACUAUACAAGACAGGCACCAAAGAGCAACCGCUGCAGUUUUUUUCAGAUACUGAAAGUAUUUUGCACUGCUUUGAUUUUAUUUAUUUUUGGAAUUGUGAUAGGAUAUUACGCACGCAAGAAAUGCCCUUCUUCCCCAACAUCUCAAGAACCGAAUAACCCUCAUAUCUACCAUGAAAUUCUCAAGGAAAUCAAAGCUGAAAAUAUUCAACAGAUUUACAGAGAUUUGUUACAGUUCCCUAGAGAAGAUGAUGUAGACAUUGCAAUGAAAAUUCUGGUUCAGUGGAGUUCCCAAGGCCUUGAAGAUGUCCGGCUGGUAAAUUACUCCGUUUUGCUUGACCUACCGGGCUCUUCUUCAAACACAGUAACUCUGAAAAACAGCGGUGAAUGCUUUUAUCCUAGUGGACAACAAUGCAACAGAGAGACCAAAAUGCUUCACAGUCAAGACCUCCUGUACGCGUAUGCAGCUUACUCUGCCAAAGGAACUCUUGAGGCAGAACUUGUUGACAUACAGUACGGGACUGUGGAAGACUUGAUCCGGAUUCAAGCCAUUACAAAUGUGACCAAAAAAAUUGCACUUUUGAAGCUAGGACAAUCACCUUUGCUUUAUAAGCUUUCUCUGUUAGAAGAUGCAGGGUUUGGUGGUGUUCUUCUUUACGUUGAUCCUUGUGACUUACCAAAGACUACAGAUCUUGCUGAUAAAGCUUUUAUGGUUUCCUUGAACGGUGGAGGAGAUCCGUCAACACCUGGUUAUGCCAGUAUUGAGGGAAGCUACAGACAAAAUCGACUGAACCUCACAACACUGUUAGUACAACCAAUUUCUACAGUGCUUGCCAAAAACCUCGUUUCCUUACCUGAGGACACUGUCCAAAAAGAUAGGUGUAUUCCCCUCCAACUGCCAGCUACAGGGAAAAAAAUAAUCAGUCUGAAUAUUCAGUCAGUCACAACUUACAAGACAAUUUCUAAUGUUAUUGGAUAUUUAAAAGGAACUGUAUUUCCUGACAGAUACGUCAUCGUUGGUAGUCAUCACAACGGUUUGAAUACUUAUGGUGGACAAGAAUGGGCCAGUAGCACUGCUAUCAUCACAGCAUUUAUACAAGCCUUGAUGCUGAAGGUUAAGAGGGGCUGGAGACCUGACCGGACCAUUGUUUUCUGCUCAUGGGGAGGAACAUCAUUUGGGAACAUUGGUUCAUAUGAAUGGGCAGAGGAUCUCAAGAGAGUUCUUCAAAGAAAUGUUGUGGCUUACGUUAGCCUCCAUAAUCCAGUCAGAGGCAACUCAACUUUACACCCUGUUGCAUCCCCUUCUCUUCAGCAACUGGCAGCAGAGAGCCAGAGCUUCAACUGUGUGGAAAAGACUAGAUGUCCAGGAUCUAACGUCAGUUCUGUGCAGAUACAGGGAGAUUCAGAUUAUUUCAUCAACCACCUCGGAGUACCUGCCACGCAGUUUUCUUAUGAGGACAUCAAAACAUCAGAGAAUUCUAGCUUUCUCUCCGAAGCUCUCUUUCCUGUACAUACAACAAAAACUGAAGAGCUGGAUCCCUCCUUCAGCCUGCACGAGACCAUUGCAAAGCUAACAGGACAAGUGACUUUGCAAAUUGCCAAUGAACCAGUUUUGCCGUUUAAUGCCCUCGACAUCGCGUUAGAAGUUCAGAACAGUCUUAAAGGUGAUGAAGUAGACAUUCCUCAGUUGCUUGCAGUGGCAUCACGUUUGAGGGACACUGCAGAAUUGUUCCAAUCCGAUGAGAUGCGCCCAGCUAAUGACCCCAAGGAGCGAGCUCCUAUCAGAGUCAGGAUGCUCAAUGAUGUGCUACAAAGCUUGGAGAAAAGCUUCCUGGUUCAUCGAGCUCCUCCAGGACUUUACAGAAAUAUUCUUUACAGACUGGAUGAAAGGACAAGCCAGUUUUCAGUACUGCUAGAGGCACUGGAGCACUGCAAACUACAUCAGUCAAAUGAGACCAUUCAAGCAGCCUUGUCAGAGGUGCUGAACAGCAUCAAUUCAGCUCAGGUUUACUUCAAAGCAGGACUUGAUGUGUUUGAGACUACCUUAGCUGGAAAGAAAUGAGAGGAUUCUCUGCAUUCUAAGACAUUUGUUUACAACUUGCUAAACAAAAGUUCGACUUGGACCAGAAUUUCUCUGAGGAUGAAACCUUCCUCAAUUUUUCUUUCAGUUGGCGCUUAAAGGUACCGCAAUGAGUGUUUUUAUAAAUAUAAAACAGUCUUUUGCACUGUUCACAAUAUAUCUCAAAUGUCUGUUUCUGAAUGUAUAAAACAUAAUGAGAGGGAAUAAUGCUUAAGAUAGGGUUUUUGGAAGGACAUCUGCUGUAUUUUUGUAUGUAAACUAUAUUUUUAUGACUAAGAGUUCAAUCUUGCAAAGUACCGAGUCCUGCAAUAUGCUGAAGACCAGGUUCUGAGACACCCCAGAUGUAUACCCGGGUGAGCUUUCCGUGCCUACUCUGUCAGAAAAAUGUGACUUAGGUAUACUCUUGUGUUUCUUAACUUCCUCAGCAAACUCAUCUUCUACCUUACUCCUUUCAGAGUAAGUAGUUGAAGGAUGUGGCAUUUCCUUGGGUAUCCAGCACUGGACUUAAUCAGGAAAUGCACAAAAACACCCUUACCAGUGCAAUCCAACAUCUUUACUCCUGUGGAACAAUAAAUACCUCAGUUCUGAGAAUACAGAUAAACUUUGAUUAUCCCAUUUCUGUAUGAAAAAAAGAGUUGUUUUCUCUAGUAAUUCUUGGAGAUAAAAUUUUUGUGAUGAUUUCAAAUGAUUUGAAAAGUUUGAAUCGGUAGUUACACUUGUACAAAAAUACUUUGAAUCUUUAUGUUAAAUAAAAGUACUGCCUAGUCUUAUAAGGCUGCAAGCCUUAUAAGUUUAUGCAUUACAAAGCAGCCCACUUCAAGGUCUCUCUAAAUUUCCAGAGAGCAAUAAAUGAAAAGAAGACCUCAAAGUUCUGGGAACGUUUUGGGGAUUCCACCACUCAACCGCACCACCCACUAUUCCAGGCUGGAUCAUUCCAGCAUAUAGGACCUGGAUUGUUGUCAAAAAAGCACAAGGAAAACAUAAAUUCAUUCCCUACUGUAGAACCAGGAAUUCACCUCUGAAGGCACAAGCUGAUGAAGCAUAUUGCAGGGUUAAAACUCAAAUCUGUUUUGCAUUGGUGGAAGCCCUAUACAAAGGCUGUAAUCACACCAUUACUUUGUUGGCCUGAAGUAAUCUGUGAAUGAAAGGAUCGGUUCAGUGUCCUAACCUCUAAGGGGAUAAUAUACACACUUGAGAAUUGCAGGUCUUAAUAAUACAAACAGUUGAAAUUGUUAAGCCCUAUUGGGUUUAGAAUUUUACAAUCUCAGAUGAUUCUGAGGUUAGAGCUUAAAAAAUUAAUUUUAUGUAGAUACUUAGAAUUGAAAUAUAAUUUAUUUGAUGGUAACGUUAAAUGUAUUGUUACCCAGUUUGCCAUGGAAACAUUGCAGAAACAUUUCAGGUUGCAAUAAAAAUGGAAGAAGUAUCUGUAUUAAUGUAAAAAAAUUGCCUUCUGGAAAAUUUCAAAGUGCACAGUUUGGUGAAAGACUUUUUAAAGUGCAUGUUCACAUAGCAAGAAAUGAGAGUUGUUUACAGAUCUGAGUUUCUAUUUCCAAAAGUCCUUGGUAAAUGGACCUCUAUUAGCAAUGGCCCGGGACUAGGUACAUACAGCUAUGCUGUUGCUACAUUUCUUUGCAAGUUAUUAUCAUAACAUGGGCAAAAGCAUCACAGGUCUGACCAGAGGCACGGCUAUGCAGUUGUACGGCUACAACUGAAGUGGGAAUAUGUUCAGCAUCAGUCAGCGUGGCUGCAUGAACUUAGACAUGAUUAUCCCUUAUCUUUACUUGGCAUCUGGUAAGCAAGAGUAUAUGAUUAUUCUUUUGCUAAUGCUGUUUUGCUCCUAAACAAUUCUGUUUACUGCAGAGAGAAUUUGACUUCUGAAGAGGAACAUUUUUUCUGAUACUAUAAUGUUUGCUCAUCCCCUUGUUUCCAUAGGUUUUAGUAUUGUGAUACUUAAAUGGUUGGAAUAGCCACAUCUGAGUUGUAUGUUUAUUUUGUGAUAGUAUUUGGGGAUGUACUGUUCACACUACAUUUCAAUUGUAUUUUCUAAUCGGGAUCACUCUUCUAACAGUUCAUUUAGUAACAUGUUUUCUUUAGAGUGCUGACUCACUGUGGAGCCAACGUCUAUGGUCUUAAAUGAUAUAGGAUCAGGUGCCAUUAAGAGACCAAAAAUAGAGAUUAACACUUCCUUUAACUCUGCUAGGUGAAUUUAAUGACUGCUUCCUCAUUCUUAGUAUGUAUGUUCCACCAAAACCACCUGUAAUGUAACCAAAGUGUACUCAUGCAAAAUCAGUGAAAUCUGUUGGGAAGACUAUCCCUCAUGUAUGAUUUCUCAACCAUGUAAUUCCUCACUAAAACAUUUAUCUUGUUUUCUCACUAAUGUCCUUCUAUAACCACUUUUAAAAUAGCAGACUUCAGAGUACUCCACCACUAUAAAUGCCUAUCUAUUCUAGAGACAAUCAUAUAUUCUUGUUGGUGAGAUGAAUCAGAUGAGCUAUUUAGGGACCUAAAUGCAUUGAUUUCAAUGUCAUCUCACACUUCUAGAUCUCUGGGCUUUUAUUUCAAAUGUUCAGAUCUUAUAUAUAAGUGAGUGCUCAGUGAUAAUAUUUGUACCAUUAUAGCUUCAGAAAAGGCACUUUUGAGCCAUAUCCUUCCAUUGAUUUUUAAAUCCUACCUAUUGACUUCAAAGAACUUACAGCAAGUUAAGGUCCUAAAUACCUGGUGUGUUUCUAACACAGAAUUUUUGCCCAGCCAGCUGUGGAACAUCAGAUAAAGGAAGGUGUUAGCAAAUCAUAGUAGCUUACCCAGAUUAAAUUCGUUCCUAUAUUGUGUUAAAAUAAACGGCGCGCCCUUAAAGGCAGAAGUAUGUUUGCAAAUUGCCUGAAUGAUACUAAAAAUUUGUUACCUUUUCAGAAACAUCAAGUGCCAGAGACAGUAUAGCAAAUGCAUUGAUUGCUAUGUAAUCUAGAGUCAUGCUCAUAGUGACCAGAAAAUCCCUGCAACUUGUAAUAUUUAUGUGUUAAGACAGUUGAUAAUAAAAAGCUAAUAAGAUUUUAUUUAGUGCGUAUUUUAAAGAGUCCAUAAAGAAGCUAAAGUACAAUCAACUCAGAUGAAUAAUAAGUACAUGGGAGCUGGAUUUUGAGUACUAACCUUAAAAAAGGCAGUGAAUUGCUUUUAUCAUCCGAGAAAAACGGUAUCUGUGCAAAUACUCAAACACACAAAUACGCAAAUGCCUUAUAUCUUCAAAACAUUGUACAAACUAAUUUACUUGCAGUAAUAUGAUACAUCUACGUAAACAUAGAUGUAAAUAAUAACUACAUGAGAAAAUUAGCUGCUUCACAUACCUUUUAGGAAAGUAUUUCAGUCUAGACGUGUAAAAGAAGGCACUUCAGCUGACCUCAGUUCUUGCAGCAGUAGGUGGGGAAAGGUUAAAUCUCUCAGGUAUCACAGAAGGGACCUAUGGAGGUCGUCUAGUCCAACCUCCCAGCUCAAGCAGGGUCACCUAGACCCAGUUGCCUAGGAGGGACUAUGUUCAGAUUGCUUUUGAAUCUCUUCCAAGGAUGGAGAUUCCACAACCUCUCGGGGCUACCUGUGCCAGUGCUUUUUCACCUUCACAGAGAAGUCAUCUUUCCUUCUUCUGUAGAUAUAGUUUCUCCAAAUCUCUCCCUAUAUUUCUUAAUUGUUAAAUUAUUGUAAUUGGUUUAAUUGCAAACAUUCAAAAGGUAACCAUCAUUUCAUUCAGUGAAAACUCUUGGCCAAGGUCUCUAGGAUUUCACAGUUGUUAUGUUGGAAAGUUUGUAUAAGAUUUGUCCUUCAAGCAAUGGGGUUUAUUUUUAAGUUGUAGAGACCAAUGUCUUUACCUUUUGAGGUCUUUUUGUACGGUCCCUGGUUCCCAGUCAUAGCAUUUCUUUUUAACCAAAUUUCAGGAGCUCAGUGCAAUUCUAUGGCUUGUGUUAUGCAGAAAGUCAGGCAAGAUAAUUGUAUGGGUCAUUCUGGCUUUAAAAGCUAUAAAAUACUGUAAACAUAGUUAUGUCAGGGCCUGUAUUCUCAAGGGAGUGGUUAAGAGUUUCCUCAAAAGCCUUGUGUUACAAGCUGUUACCUGUGUUACUCAGAAAUGGGUACCUCUAGCAUACAUUAUAGUUGCUGUCUCAGGAAACAAGCAUAGGUGGAAGAUGUUCUUUCCCUUUAGCGCUCUGUAACAUUUUAGCAGUAUUCUGCCAGUCCCAGAAAGGUGAGUGAUAGGAAACAAAUGAAUAAGAAUGAGUAAGAAAUGAUAGACAAACUUAAUCAGAGUUGGUACUACCUAGUAGCUGCCUACAAAAUAAAAUAAGCACGUAAUUUUUUCUGACCUUGUGCAUGUCAUCCAAUACCUUCCAUUACACGAUGGCUACAUAUGAAAGUUAUGUGUGUAAAUAUACUGUAUUGCAGCGUUUCAAAUUAUUAAGGAUGAUAAAGACUCAAGCCAUAUGCACAAACCUGUACUUGAACAUGCACACUUGAACCUAGGAAGUGCCUAAGAAUAAUGAACACUCAUCUAGGAAGCAAAGGAUUUAAGAAUAUCUAAAUUAGACUGUAUGUUUACUAAAACUAUGGUGCUAUCAAGCCUAACUUUUUUUUUUUCCAAAUUUUAAUCCCAUUGCUGCUGGUUAUUUCUACCAUUGCUCAUACCUACUCGUCAUAACUGGAGAAUAUGUGCACCUGCAGAUUUAGAUUUACAGAAAGAUUAUGUUUCCCCUCAGGCUUACUGACUUGGUCUGGUUUUUUCAGCAGGGUUGACUUUACCAUGACUGCUUAUCAGGGUACUAUUCCACAUGAGUGAGGUCAGCAGAAUUUGGCCACUAUGGAAUUUCCCAAAAGAUUUGGUAUCAGAAUUUUUUGUGUGUGUGUGUUUAGUCUGUUCUUUUUAAUCUCUCAACAUAGAUUAUUACAAGCAAGAGUAUAUUUUUCAAAAAAUGGGCAGGAGUCUCUUGAUCAAUGUUAAGUAAACCCACAGGGCAGAAUGUAAAUGUGUAUGUACAAUUGGUGUAUUAUAAACUAGCAUUAACUUAAUAGUUAUUAUAAACGCUGGCAUGGAUUAAUGCACACAUUCUCUUACGAGCUUCACAGAUUGGAAUUAAUACAAGGGCUUAAUUUAAGAAAUGUAAUCAGAAUAUAGGCAUGGAACAAUGUUUUUUGCUGUGUAGAUGUAGUAUAUGCUUACUCAUCUGCCUAAUCCAUUUGGUUAAAACAGAUUAGGGUGUUGUUUAAGCUACUUUCUCUGAUUUCUUUUCCAACAAGCCUUUGAGAAUCAAGUCUUGCUCUUUAUUUUUCUUUUAAAUGUGUGCUGCCUUUAGUGUUUAUGGAAAGCUUACCAUGUGUUAAGACAGCGUAACGUCUUCUUGUCUGGUCAUCGCUGGAUUAUUUGAUAAAACUAAAAGUGGUAUUUCAAAGCAUGGUCUUUGGAAGAAGGUCCUUUACUGACCAGUUAAUGUAUAUGAUAUUAUAUGCUUCAGUGGCUGCCUUUACCAUGCAGUGGUAUAGGUAUGCAAUAUGAUGCUUUAAGGCACUAAUUUAAGACAACACAUUUUUUUUAAUAGUAUUGUAGAGACCAGCUAAUUUCCCCCAUUUGAAACUGUUCUCUCCUGAGCAUACUGGUGAUACAGCAAUGUAAUAACAAGUCCUCUUAGCACCUGCUAUAAGCUCUUACUACAGGUGGCAUGUUAGGGGGUUGUCUGAGCUGUCAGUGUAUUUCCACAGUUUUUAAUUAGUGUCUCUUGUAGCCCCGCUCAGCUUUUAUGUAGCACAGUUCUGAUACCGGUCCGAAUGACACCAAGGUGAUAUGGAUAGGUCUGACUGAUGUAUUAGCUUGCUACGGAAACUGCUGUUGCCCCCUGUCCUUAAAAAGUUAAAUAUAAUACUUGGUAAGUACUUCCCAACUUACGGUGUUUUCAGCCUGUAUACUGAGGGUUCUGAAAAAGUACUGGAACACUGAGUUUUUUUCGUGCAGUCUCAUUUCCUGUUCUCAACAGCUGAAACAUCUUGUAGUCUAUGAAUCCACUAGAGGAGAAAUAAGGAGAUGCUUAAUAUUUCAUACUUAAAGCAGAUAAGAUAAAUACAAAUUCUCUUUGUUUUCCCUGUGCAGUUUAUGCAAGCUAAUAUGCAACAUACUCUUAUCACAUACAUUAUGAUUUGGUAUUCUGAGACAAAUGGAAAAUGAAUGUUGAUUCCAUAUCCAGAGGAAGUAUAAUGAAUUCAGGGAACACUUCACAUUCAAGUAUCUUAACCGUUUGCAUACAAUGAGAAAAAGUGCAAGUGAAGAUACUUGGAACAGAUACUUUUGGGGGUUUUAGUACAGGUCUGGAAAAUAAUAUUCUUCUGUGUAAGGCCAGAUUUUAGCAUUGCAUUCAUACCUAGCUAUGUGGUAAUGUAUUGUAUGUCCUUAUUGCUCUACCUUUGAGGAUUAAUGCUCAAAUGCUGUUAUCAGUGAUCAUGUUAGUCUCAAUACGAACUAUUAUUUUUAUGUCACCUAACACCUUACAGGGUUUACCUAAUUGGUUGGAAUAUGCAAGUAUCUCUGCCUUUUGUAUGCAAAAGAGCAGCUGUCAAGUUGUGUUAUCUUUGUCGAGCUUUGACAUAGAAUGUGAGACACCUGAUGAUGACUCCUUCAUUCCAUCUACUUCUGAAUUUUCAUGUAGUAAAAUCAAGUUGCCACAAUUGAUAGCUAGUCAAUUCAGAAUAUUAAGUAACUAGGUUUUUUGACCAAGCAGUAAUAUAAACUUGAUGCAGUGAUUCCUGGAAACCAAUAAAUAUCAUGUUAUGUGGAAAUGUGCAAUGAAAGGUUGAUUUUUAUAACACAUUAUAGAACGUUGAGUCUGAAUAAAAUAGGUUAUUUGCAAAAUUAGUUUACCUUGUAUCGAUUUGUACUUUUAUAACAUAGUGUAAUAAAAAGGUAACAUUGGCCGUUAAUGUAAGUAGAUUCUAUGUACUUUGAUUAAGAAGCACGUUUUACUUUUUUGUGCUAUGAAUAUGAUUUUUGCAGUCCGUGGAGUGUUUGUACAGAAGGCACUGUGGACUGGAAUUCAGUAAUAGACAUAUUGUGAAAGUGGUUGUGAAUUAGACAAUGUUUUUUCCAUAGUUACAUUUUCGCUAGAAAUUAAACUGGAAUAUGAAGAUGUGUAUAAUGUACAUUGCACUGAAUGAUUUGGAAUUAUAUUCAUUUGCUUUUUUGUUGGUUUUGCUUUUUUUUUUUAAUUGGUUCUGCCAGUGAGCUGUAACAUAUGCCUCUCAAGCUGCUGAUUCAGUAACAUGGAUCCCAGGGCAUUAAAACAUAAUGGGAAGAAGGCAAAAAGCAAGGAAGAAAAAAAAUAGCUAGACAGAAUAGCUAGACCUCAGAACCUGGGCUGUGAUAAUUUACUGACAGGUAAAUUUUGAAUUAUCCACUUUUUUAGGUGCUCAUAUAUAGAAAGCCCAGAUAUUCAGAUAAUUGGUCUUUCAGGUAGAAAGAAAUUGUCCUUGUAUGUUUUUGAGAAUCAAGAAUUUGAAAAGUAGAUAGAGACUUUGGAUCAAACACAAAGUAUUCAGGAUGAGACAAAAAAAAAAAAAGCUACUGAACAACCUUAACGCUAUCAGCUGAAAGAGACCAGUCCGUUCUGAAAAUCUUGACAAUAUGUAAUAUUCAGAUUAUAUGAAAUUCAGAUGAUUAGGCUUUUUCCCAUAGUUCAGAGGUCCUGAAAUUAUAAGGUAGUUAUCUCAUGAAAAUAUGAAUUCCAUGUUUUGCUUUCAGUAUAUGAGAACUUGGAGGCUUUUCUGUAUUUACGAAGCACUUGAGAGGUGUAAUGAAAUAGUUUCAUUGUAAAUGAAUGUGUAUUUCCAAAUUUUAUUUCCAUUUUGUGUAGGGUUUUUUUGAAACUGCUUUUCUGUUCACCAUAUUAAAAGGAAAAAUAAAAGUGAUACCUUGUUAAUAUUUUUAAUCAUGGCUAGAUCAUUAACCUAGUUUGAUACAUUAGCUCCGUACAAAGUGCAGCUCUGACUAGAAUAUCUCAUGUAAUAUUAAAGACUAAUUUGUGAAACAUAUUCUUUCAGAAUAUGUUUCCUUUAAGCCAUGUAAACUUGUGCCAUGAAAAUAAAAGCCAACUGUAUGUCAACAAUUUUAUACAA